ACGAUUCGCGUGUGCAAUAGACCUGACCAUUUUCGAACUGUCAAAUCUUUGUUUGGGACUCUAUUUUACCUUUUUACCGAAUAAACUACCUAAUCGUACGUUUGCAUGUCGUGCAAUAAAUGUAAGAAAAAACAAAAAGCCAGAUUUGAAGGAGAUGGGUUUGCCAACCCUGGCCACAACACAGCUGCCACAUUGUAAAGUGCCGUGCCGCAUAGCGUUUCAAGUGCAGUCGCCUUGGUAACACACACUAUCUCGAAGCGACGAAUUAACCUAAUCAAUCCCGGUCGCAGCGUUCCCGUGAGUGUGUCGUACGAUUUUCGUGCAAAAAUGGUCCUCAAGCUUGCCCAUUUUGCUAGCCGUGCUAUCAUCGGUGGACGUGCCCACUACUCGACCUCCGGCAAGAGGCAUGAUGUGGUGAUCGUUGCCGCCACCCGUACCCCGAUCGGAAGCUUCCAGAGCAGCCUGUCAUCGCUGUCGGCCACCCAGCUCGGUGCCGUUGCCGUUGAGGCGGCCGUGAAGCAGGCGGGCAUCGGUAAGGAGGAUGUGCAGGAGGUGUACAUCGGCAACGUGUGUGCGGCCGGGCUCGGACAGGCACCGGCACGCCAGGCCGUCAUCUUUGCCGGGCUGCCCAAGUCGACCAUCUGCACCACCGUAAACAAGGUGUGUUCGUCGGGCAUGAAGAGCGUAAUGCUUGGGGCACAAACGCUCAUGCUCGGCCAGCAGGAGGUGAUCGUGGCCGGCGGUAUGGAAUCGAUGUCGAACGUGCCGUACUACCUGAAGCGAGGCAGCACACCGUACGGUGGCGUUAACCUGAUCGACGGGAUCGUGUUCGAUGGGUUGACGGAUGUGUACAACAAGUUCCAUAUGGGCAACUGUGCGGAGAACACGGCCAAACAGAUGGGCAUUACGCGCAAGGACCAGGACGAGUUUGCCAUCAACAGCUACAAGCGCAGUGCGGCCGCCUGGAGCGCGAAGGCAUUUGAGGCGGAAAUCACACCCGUGCGUAUUGCGGGCAAGCGUGGCAAACCGGACAUCGUUGUGGCGGAAGACGAAGAGUACAAGCGGGUGAACUUCGACAAGUUCGGACAGCUGGCGACCGUGUUCCAGCGGGAGAACGGUACCGUUACGGCAGGAAAUGCUUCCACGCUGAACGAUGGUGCGUCGGCCGUGGUGCUGAUGACGGCCGAGGCGGCGGAACGCUUCAAGUGCAAACCGCUGGCCCGUGUGGUCGGGUUUGCCGACGCCGAAACCGAUCCGAUCGAUUUCCCGAUCGCUCCCGCACUUGCUGUGCCGAAGCUGCUGCAACAGACGGGCGUACGCAAGGAGGAUGUGGCCAUGUGGGAAAUUAAUGAAGCGUUUUCGCUGGUGGUCGUUGCCAAUCAGCGCAAGCUGGAUGUCGACCCGGCGAAGGUGAAUGUGCACGGUGGUGCGGUUUCGUUGGGCCAUCCGAUCGGUAUGUCCGGCGCACGGUUGGUGACCCAUCUGACGCACGCCCUGAAACCGGGACAGGUUGGUUGUGCCUCGAUCUGCAACGGUGGUGGUGGUGCAUCCUCGAUCCUGAUCGAAAAGCUGUAAGCAUCGGUUUUAUAUUGUGUUUUCCCGGGCGUCCUGUGCCAUUCCUGUUGGGAAGUGGGUGUUAGCUGUUUUGUGAACGGGUUCUACCUCGAGUGUUACAGCUCUGAUUGGUCGGAAACAAAAGUGCAUUUAUUAGUAUAGAUUCAAACUUCCUCCCCGCGUACAGAUGGCCAAUCAAAUGAAGCGUAUAUUUUUGCUAUGCUACAAGCGGUUUUAAAAUUCAAUAAAAUUGAAAUCCACAUUG